CCAGUGUAUGCCACACAUCAAGUAGGAGUCGCAGGAGCUGUAUUUGAUGAGAGUACUAGAAAAAUAUUGGUCGUACAAGAUCGAAAUAAAGAAGUGCUACUUUACCCAGUCCUGGUGUCUGCCAGAUGUGAGGAAAACUGCAAACUGGAUUUUGCUGAUACUAGGAAAGAACUGCUGGCAGCAAAGCAGACUGCAGGAAUGGUGCGCCCAGGAACCACAGCACAGGAGAGUACAGGAAAUAACCGUCACCCUUCUCCAGACUUGGAGUUUGUUGGUGGAGCCUGAAAGGGAGUCAGCUGGCAGUGCAGAGACUGGUUAACAGAGGCCCUGUGCCAGCAUCACGAAGCAGAUAGAAUUUAUGUUGGUGGUCAGACAAAAGCUUGUGAAGUUUCUACAGAAGCAAAGCUGCUGAAACUAUUUUGAAGUGGAAUCCAGGACAGUGUACUGAAGUAGAGACUCGGAGAUGGAUUCUCUGCACUAAUAAAGUGAAGCAUAAUUUACUUUGUAAACCAACACUGAGCCUGCCUGAGCCAGAUGCGGAAAGAAAAAGGUGGAGAAAGAUUUCAUAACUCACUAGCUCCUCAGCAAAGGAGGGAAGGAGAGGAACAGGAAACUGGAAAAAAUGAAAAAUAUGUGGAAGUUUCCAGGAGGCCUGUCAGAGCCUGGAGAAGAUAUUGGAGAUACAGCAGUUCGAGAAGUUUUUGAAGAGACUGGUAUAAAGUCAGAAUUCAGGUCCCUCCUGAGUAUUCGACAGCAGCACAGCCUUCCCACAGCCUUCGGGAAGUCAGAUAUGUACAUCAUCUGCCGCCUCCAGCCACAUUCCUUCACCAUCAACUGCUGCCCGCAGGAGUGUCUCAGGUGCGAGUGGAUGGACCUGGUGGACCUGGUCAGGGCUGGAAACACAACUCCCAUCACCAGCAGAGUGGCCAGGCUGCUGCUCUACGGGCACAGAGAAGGGUUUGACAAGGUAGACCUCACCAUGGAGAAGCUUCCGGCAGCGUCUACAGGCCUGCUCUAUAAGCUCUAUCACAGGGAACUGCCAGAGAAGUGUGCACUGUGACAGGAGCGCACUGAAUCCACACCGACGUGGGUUGAAAAUUUUAAGGAAAUUGUCAAUGUUGAUUAAUAUAUGCCAGAUAAUAAAAUGUCAUGAACACUUGGGAUUAUUAAAUAUUUGAUGGUAAUUUUCUAAUGCCUAUGAUUUCCUUGUUUUAAAUUCACAUGUAAAGACACUUCAAAAUCUUUUCAAAUAAUAUAAAUGUAAGAAAAACAUAAUCUAGGUAAUCUUCAUUGAGUAACAGCAGAUGCUAUAUAAAAGGGGAAAGUUUACACAUUUUCUAUAAUUGUUUGUUGUGUUUCUUUACUGAGGCAAUGGUUAAAUAUUAGAUAAAAAGCUAUCUGACACGUUAUCUAAACCGUGCUGUAUAUAAUUUUUUUUCUCUUAACAGAUUCUAAAAUAUGGCUUCC